AUGAGGGUAGCAGGUGCUGCAAAGUUGGUGGUAGCUGUGGCAGUAUUUUUACUGACAAUUUGUGUUAUUUAUCAAGUAUUUGAGAUAAAAAUGGAUGCAACUUUAGGAAAUCAAUUUGCAAAAUCAGCAUUGGACACAGAUGCACACUCUACAAAGCCUCUCAGAUAUAAAUAUGGACUCUCAAUGCUUGUCCUGAGAAACACUUUGCCUUUAAAAUGGAAAAUGGAGCGGCCAAUGUGCCUCAUCAGUGGAGGUAAGGUGAUCAGGGAGAGAGAAACUGUUCCCCGCUACCGCUAUUUUGAAGAGAUUAAAAUGGAAUACACGCGGGUUCCUCCCUCCCCCACUCAGGCCGUGCGACCUAGAUCCCAAAGUUCCCCUCACCCUGUAACUUGCACUUUUGUUGUUGAAACUGGGUGUUCCAGAUGCUUCCCAGAUUUUAGAGAACAGAUGCCUCUGGGGCUGAGCCACAGGGUUUCAAAUGUAAAAGAAACUAUCGGUUUUGUGGUUGCAUGCCUUCUGCUUCAGAAAACUAUAAAAUGGAAAAAGGACACAGUGUUUUCCAAACUAGCCAGUGUGCACACUGUUGUUGUGCUUUGCCAUGGAGUUCAUUCUCCAGUGUUUUCUGCUACAUCUCUUGCAACUAAAAUAAUGGUCCAAGGCCCUCCAUCUUCAGGUUACAUUUUUGAGCAGGAAUAUAAAUAUGGUGCACACAAUUACCAUCCUCUACCUGUGGUCCUGGAGAGAGGAAAAGGUAUUUAUGUAUGGGACAUUGAAGGCAGAAAAUAUUUUGACUUCUUGAAUGCUUAUAGUGCUGUCAACCAAGGGCAUUGUCACCCCAAGAUUGUGCAUACUAAGAGUCAGGAGGACAAAUUGAUCUUAACGUCUAGUGCUUUUUAUAAUAAUGCACUUGGUGAAUAUGAGGAGUACGUUACUAAGCUUUUCAACUAUCAAAAAGUUCUUCCAAUGAAUACAGGAGUGGAGACUGGAGAGACUGCCCAUAGAUGGGGCUAUCCUGUGAAGGGUAUUCAGAAAUACAAAGCAAAGAUAGUUUUUGCAGCUGGAAACUUUUGGGGUAGAACGUUGUCUACUAUUUCCAGUUCCACAGACCCUACCAGUUAUUAUGGUUUUAGAUCAUAUAUGCCAGGUUUUGAAAUUAUUCCAUAUAAUGAUUUGCCUGCACUUGAGCGUGCUCUUCAGGAUCCAGAUAUUGCUGCAUUUAUGGUAGAAUCCAUUCAGGGUGAGGCUGGUGUUCUUGUUCCGGAUCCGGGUUACCUCAUGGGAGUGUGAGAACUCUGCUCCAGGCAUCAGGUUCUGUUUGUUGCUGAUGGAAUACAGACAGGAUUGGCCAGAACUGGUAGAUGGCUAGCUGUUGAUCCUGAAAACGUCCAACCUGACAUAGUCAUUCUUGGAAAAUCGCUUUCUGGUGGCUUAUACCCUGUGUCCUCAGUGUUGUGUGAUGAUGAAAUUAUGCUGACUAUCAAACUGGGGGAACAUGGGUCGAUGUAUGGAGGCAAUCCACUAGGCUGCCAAGUGGCCAUCAAAGCCCUGGAGGUUUUGGAAGAAGAAAACCUUGCUGAAAAUGCAGACAGAAUGGGCACUAUCUUGAGAAAUGAACUCCUGAAGCUACCUUCUGGUAUCAUAACUGCUGUAAGAGGGAAAGGAUUAUUAAAUGCCAUCGUUAUUAGAGAAGCCAAAGAUUAUAAUGCUUGGAAAGUGUGUCUGCAACUUUGUGAUAAUGGACUGCUGGCUAAGCCCACCCAUGGUGACUUCAUUAGGUUUGCACCCCCUCUCGUGAUCAAGGAGGAUGAGAUUCAGGAGGCCGUGGAAAUCAUUAACAAAACCAUCUUGUCUUUCUGAGCUGGAGU